AUGCUUUCCGGCGACGCGAAACUCACUUCGGUCAUCAAACGGCCUCUACCCGACGCGGUCACAUACGACCUCUCACACUCGGAUUACGUUGUGGUCACUCUUCCCGCCGGAUCUACCUGGUCGAGCGGACUCCAUUGGCACGAACGGCAUGUCGAAUACUUGCGCGUUAUCAAAGGAAACAUCCGCGUAAGACUCGGAGACACGGUGCAAAUCAUCUCUGCUCCAGAAAGUGCAGGUGUGAGGGAAAUCAAAGUCGAAAAGAACACGCACCAUGAAUGGAGUAGAGAAGCGGUAGACGGAGAAGACGUAGUCGUCAUGGAAAGGACCGAGCCGCAGGAUGGGGAAAAGGCAAUCUUCUUCUGGAACCUCAACGGAGUGGUCUUGGAUGCCCCAAAGACGCCGAAGACAACGUUGGACCAAUUUCUGAGGGAGAUUCGCCUACAUCUGGAACUUUUCACCAUCUUCCGAUCGUUAGACAACUUUCCGGUCUUCCUGGAUCUGGCUGGAUCAAGAGCAGGCGGUUACCUGAAAUCAAGACAACCAAGUCUGCCACUCUUGGUUGAAUGGUUCACGACUCAUUUCUUGCUGGAGGCAGCGGCUGUCCUGGCCGUCAUAUGGGGGAUAGAACCGGUACAAAGAAAGUAUACUCCGCAGGAUGCUUUCAAUCAUUGGCAGGGCAGGGACUCUGGGAAGCCAAAAUGCGACUGA